GAGAGGUCACAACUCGGAAACGUACAGCGAGCGAGACGAUCCUCGAAAUUACGACCGUAUCUCCAGCGACAGUACACUGACCAAUUUUUACGAUUUCUUUCGGCAUACAAAAGGCAUGAAUCGACAAGGCCAACCUAACCAACGACCACCGAACCUUACCCCAAAUGCGAGCCUCGCCGGCCAAUUUCGACCUCCAUAUCCCUUUGGAAUGCCACCACGAAGUGUAAUACAGACGGGUGGUUACGUCCCAGGACUACAACAGACGAGCCAUCGGACGGCGGUACAGUCACCCAGCAUAGUAGCGCCAUCUCCAUAUGUAUCACAGCGAGGCCAGAGUAGUUACGCGUUUGGUGGAGGGCUCCAACACCAUCCAACGUCAAUACAACCGCCCCAGCAAUCACAGCAGCAACAACAGUCAUCCUCAAAUGGCGCGCCUCUACCACCAUCCAGUAUUGGGGCACCCUCGGUGUCGUCGACAAGUGAGGUGGGAUUAGACCCGAACGAUUUCCCGGCACUUGGAUCGACAUCAGGGAACAAUGGCUUGAGUAGCAACAACAACGGGGCUGUUGGCAGUGGAGUGGCAACGAGCUAUGCAAGUCAAGCAGGGACUGGUGUAGGCCUGUCAGCCGCUGGUGUUGGAACGGGUUCGUUGGGGACAGCAACAGGGGUGAACAGUGCAAGCCAACCGAGGGAUUUUACGCCAGACGACUUCCCAGCGCUGGGCGGACAGACUCAGAACCAAGGGCAGAAUCCGACAUCGCAAAGUCAGAACCAGUCGCAGGAAAACCAUUCACAUCCGCCAGGGUUGAACGGAUUCCAGCACUCAGACCAUGCUCAUCAACAACACCGGCAAAAUCUACUGGGCGCAUUGAGUGCACAGACACCCGGCAUGAUUAAUCUGGCGCCUACACAAACGAGGAAUGUGCAUCCUGGUUUUCAGACGGACACGGAGAAGCAGCAGCGGAAUAACUUCGCAUUGAAGCUAAACCAAGCCUCACUCCCGGCAUGGAAUUCCCCCAAUAUCAACCCAGGGCCCUCUGCACAAACUCAGCUGGGCACAGGAUCAUUUGCGAACCCUCCACCGACAGGAUCAUCGCAACAAAAUGGCGCACACCAAAAUUCGUCUACCAACGCCCUUAACGGGCCCCCUGGAGUCCCUCCACCGACGACAAAUUCGUUUGCUCAACAACAGCAGCAACCGAGCACGGCGCCCCCACCCUACACAUCGAACGGCAUGGCGGUAGAAUCACAUCCCAAUACAAACACCAACUCCAAUCCAAUUUCAUCGUCACAUGGGUUACAACAUCCUCAAACGCCAGCACAACAGGUACUAGUCAGCGCCGCCGACCGAUGGGGUCUGCUAGGACUGCUAUUGUCCAUCAAGAAUGCGGGCCAAGAUCCAGAUCAAGGGCUCAGCGUGGUUGGUACAGAUCUAGGGACGAUGGGAUUAGAUAUGGGGUACACAGGGAAUCUGUAUUCAACGUUCAUAACACCUUGGGCAGACCAAUCAGCAGCACGGUCCGUUGAACCGGACUUCCAUCUACCUGCAUGCUACAACGUGCAACCGCCACCACCUGGGCCUGCCAAAGUAACCGCAUUCAGUGACGAAACACUUUUCUUCAUGUUCUAUUCAAGUCCAAAGGACGCACUGCAGGAGAUUGCGGCCCAAGAACUAUGGAACAGAAACUGGAGAUUUCAUAAGGACCUGCGAUUGUGGAUAACCAAGGAGACAGGCAUGGUGCCUUCCCAAAAGGUGCCAGGUGGCGAGUCGGGGCAGUAUCAUGUUUGGGAUGCUGAAAACUGGGUAAAGGAUCGCAAGGACAUGACUGUGAUGUAUAACGAGUUGGAGGAGAAGAACGUACCAGCGUUUCUUUCCGGUCCUGGUAUACACCUGGCGAACCCGCCGCCGACACCCCAAGUGGGGCAGCAACCAGUGCAGACAACACGAGGAGCAUCAUUACAGGCUAGCAUGGCAUUGUAAUCGGUAAUUGAUGAUUUAAUUGGUCAUUUCACACAUUCCCUCUGGUGACUACUACAUCCUCAUCAUAUCGACAUAUCAUUCACAUACAUCGAACUUAUUAUCUUCGUCCUUCACGUUCUAUUUUGCUGGUCCAUCGAACUGUACCUUUACUUAACGUCUGUUCCACAUUUUAUCCAUUUGCCGUUAACUUGUGAAGUUGGUGACGCAAGACGCAGUU